GCUGCGCUAAAAGCAGAGGGAAAUAACGGAGGAAAUGUUCUGAAACUUGAAGUUUAUGUAGGCAAGCAAAAAGGAAAAAUGAGAUACAAUUGCUCCCGAAUUUUAUUGCAGAUUUUACGGCGCCUCGCCAAUUGUCCAGUUUUUGUCAAUAUACUGCAAUGCGGGAAAAAAGAAUUCUAUUCAUACCUUGUGAUGACGUUACUUGGUCCAAGUUUGGAUGUACUAAUAGGGUAG